GUUCACAUUCCCCUGUCGGAGCCAGAUACGGGGGCGUGCGUUUGCGUGAGCGCGCUUAACCUAUGCACUUUGGUGAGAGAGCAGUGUUUGAAGGUUCGGGGUUCAGCUUGUCAGGUAGAUAAAUACUAGGAACCCCAAGGGAGUGAGCAAUAGUACUAGGCUGUCUCUGCUGUAUGUCCGUUCCGUUCCUUUCUAACUAAAUCAUGGAAAGAGACCCCGCAGCACUUGGUAUCACCCAGACCUCUCUAUCUCGGUUCCUGGAUGGGGACUUCUGGAACAUGAAGAAUGAGCUGCGCAGACAUAUCGCUGCGAACCCCAUCUUCCAGCAAAGGUUUGACUUGAGUUUGGAUGGGAUUAGGGACCUUACAGCUGAGAGAGUGAAGUUCGCCAUGAGCAUACCUCAAAUCCAGUCAGCAUUUGAAGAGAUGGUAGAGAAAAAGAAACACUUCAUCAAUAAAAGUAUGAUUAUUGGAGAGGUUCUCUGCACAGCUGAUAUGACUACAGGGGUAAAGUGCGGAGUAAUUUGCUGGCUGUUUGGUGGAGCUGUUAUUAAUCUUGGGAGUCCAGAUCAUAUUUUGAAAUGGUUCCUUCCAUUAAAGAUUCACGCAUUUACUGGGAUGUUUGCAAUGACAGAGCGAGGUCAUGGCAGCAAUGUAAGAGGUAUUCUCACAGAAGCAGUUUUUGAUCCAGAAUCUCAGGAGUUUAUAAUCAACACUCCCUGUGAAGAUGCAGCAAAGAUGUAUAUUGGUAAUGCAACAAGAGGAAAUUAUGCAGCUGUAUUUGCACAACUCAUCAUUCAUGGGAAAUCACAAGGGCCUCAUUGUUUCAUUGUUCCUAUACGUAAUGAAUAUGGGGAAAUGUAUCCAGGUGUAGAAGUAGUUGACAUGAUGCACAAGGAAGGCCUGCAUGGUGUGGAUAAUGGAAUUUUAACAUUCAAUUGCGUUAGAAUACCAAGAGAAAACCUUCUGGACAAAUUUGGAUCUGUUUCACGAGAUGGCAAAUACAGGUCUCCUAUUGAAAACACGAGUGACAGAUUUAAUGCAAUGCUUGCAGCUCUUACACCAACCAGAUUAGCCCUAACAUUUCAAGCAUUGGGUGCUAUGAAGCUUGGGCUGACAAUAGCCAUUCGGUACAGUCACAGCCGAAGACAAUUUGGACCAAAGGGCAAGGAAGAAGUAAAAAUUAUUGAGCAUCAAACUCAGCAUCUGCGACUAAUGCCACACUUGGCCACCGCUUUAGCUCUGAUAUUCACCAGCAGAUAUGCAGCUGAAAUAUUAGAUGAAGAUGUGUACCACAGUAGGGACCUUGUAAAUAAUCGACCUUUACAGGCACUAGUGGCUGGCUUAAAGGCCUACAGCACAUGGGAAAACCUAUCGUGCCUGCAGGACUGUCGGGAAUGCACUGGAGGGAUGGGGUUCAUGAUGGAAAACCGAAUUCCAGGUUUAAAAUGUGAUUCUGAUGUUUUUGUGACAUUUGAAGGUGACAACGUUGUAAUGUUACAGGUUGUGGUUCGGGAACUUCUUGCUCAGCACACUAGGCAGUAUGAGGAAAGCCCCAUCUUUGGUCUUCUUCGAAACUGGACCAGUUCCAUGGGUGACAGACUGAGAACAAGCUUUUUGGCGUUCAGCUCUGAUAAAAUCAACAGCUUGACAUUUCUACUGAAAGCUGUUACGUUUCGAGAAAGAGUUUUACAGAGAGGGUUGGCUGCCAGGCUAUACAGCAAGGUAAUAAAAGAUAAGGAACAGUUUUUCAGCGCCUGGAACUCCUGCCUCCAUCAUGUUGUGACAUUGGCAUUAGCACAUAUACACAGAGUGACCCUGGAACAAUUCGCAUUAGCAGUGGAGUCAUGUCCAGUACCAAAAGACCAGAGUUUACUAAUGGAGUUCUGCCUGCUAUAUGGAACCAAGCUGGUUUACCAAGAGAGAGCAUGGUAUCUGGAACAUAAAUAUCUCACCCCUACAACCAGUAUCCAGAUCAGAAAUCAGUUCCUGAGCAACUGCAGUCUUGUGAAAGAUGAUGCCUUAAAGGUUGUUUCUGCCUUCAACAUCCCCCACAAUAUAGUCCAGGCCCCUAUCGCUGGCAUCCCAAACCCAAGGGCAAAGUGGGCAUACUACCCAGAGCAAGAUGAAGAUGGAGAGAACAAGAAGGCAUCUUGGAUCAAUGCCAAACUAUAAAACUAUUCCAGGUGCACUUAAAGUGAAGGAACCAAGAAGACGAAUCCCAGAGAAGUAUUAUGGGAGGAGAACAUGAACCGACAAUACCAUAUCAACUGACUCUAUAUAAUUCAUACAAUGGGCGUCCUGCCAGGAGUACAAAAUUUAGGCUGAUUGUAAAGGAUAUUUUUUCUAAUGUUGCAUAUACGGUAGCUCAAAUGUUCGAUCACUGUAUAUUUUUUAAUGUGCCAGUAAAUCAUGGGACCAAAAGUCUAAGAGAAGACAAAAUGACAUACAGUAUAAAAAUCAGGAAACAAUGUUCUGUUUAGGCCAUAAUUAUACUUUAACUUGGGAAACAAAUGGUUCUUAUUACUAGCUUUUAUUAUUGUGGGGCAUAGACACAACAGAAAAUUCAGAGUUUGGAAAAACACAAGGCAACACAUGGCCAAGCUCUCUCACCCACACCAACCAUUCAGAUGUAUGCAUUCAUUGUAAGUACAUUAGAUCUGUAAAAUCUAACUCUUGAUUGGUUGCUUUGGGGCUAGGAUAAAUGCUGCCCCUGUUUAUAGAUAUAUAGAAGGGCCUCACAAUGCUGGAGGGAACACCAUCCUCCAAUGCAGCAAUAGGCAGAAAAAAGCACUGGCACUCUGUGUAUGUACUCAAAGUGCCAGUGCUUUUUUCUGCUGUUUUUGGAUAACCCUUACCAAAGUUGAUGGAGAGGAAACAAUCUGUAACUUUAAAUAAUGUGUUUAUAAUUUAUAUGUUUUUCCUCAUGCAAAAAAUGAUGCUAAAAUGGUCAAUUAGGAGAACGUUCAGGUUGUAUUACCAUAAGAUGUGUUUAAUUUCCAUAUUGUCCCUGAUUGUGGCACACAAAAGUGAGAUAACAGGGUUUUUUGUUUUUGUAAAUCUUAAACACUUUUUGAUGAGGAAUAGACAUCUAAUGACUUGAAUGUGUAUAUGUAUAGCACUUGUAUGUAUAUGUAUGUAUGUAUGUAUAGCUCUUGGCUAUGGAGCAUACUGGCCUAAUGUAACACAAGCUAUACAAUACAGCUGUGGGAUCUAUCAUCCAGAAUAUGAACCUGGGGUUUUCCAGAUGGAGUGUCAGACUGGGGUACCAAGGGCCCACUUGAGGAACCCACCAAUCAUUAGGUACCCUUUAAAUCAUUUUCUUCUUACUGAGUACAUGAUUUUUCAUUGUAAAAUUAUUACUACUUAAUAUAGUACAGUAGAUGCUGGAUUUAAAAACGCUUUGCUUACUAAACUAAAAGACAGUUUCCCUAAGGCCAAUGGGAAAUAUUUUAUAGUUAACUAUCUAAUUGCCACACAGAUGAGUGCAAGUGGAUUUUAAGAUCACAUUGAUCUCAGCAAAACCCCCAGUGUCUGCACUCCCUUCACUUUCUCUUCUCCUUAUCCAUUAUCCUACCUUCCCCUUUCUGUCUCUCCCCAAAUAGCCGACUUCACCGUCAGAAAAUUUGCACAACAAAUGCUUUGGACUGCACAUUCCCCU